AUGUGGGCUGGAGGUCAGGCUGCUAGGAGGACUGAGAUGGGCUGGAGGUCAGGCUACCAUGAGGACAAUGAGAUGGGCUGGAGGUCAGGCUACCAGGAGGACAAUGAGAUGGGCUGGAGGUCAGGCUACCAUGAGGACAAUGAGAUGGGCUGGAGGUCAGGCUACCAUGAGGACAAUGAGAUGGGCUGGACGUCAGGCUACCAUGAGGACAAUGAGAUGGGCUGGAGGUCAGGCUACCAGGAGGACAAUGAGAUGGGCUGGAGGUCAGGCUACCAGGAGGACAAUGAGAUGGGCUGGAGGUCAGGCUACCAUGAGGACAAUGAGAUGGGCUGGAGGUCAGGCUACCAGGAGGACAAUGAGAUGGGCUGGAGGUCAGGCUACCAGGAGGACAAUGAGAUGGGCUGGAGGUCAGGCUACCAGGAGGAUAAUGAGAUGGGCUGA